UUAUAUUCUCGUCUGAAUUUGUCUAUCUCGAUUAUCUUGUCUGUUUUUUAUCUUUCUGAACCUAGAAUCGCUAGGCACUUUUAACGAGUCUACGUGUCAGAUCACUUGCUGCACCGCUUGUCACCUCGAGAACCGCUCUCUAUAUAAUCCCACUCGUAUCGAGUCCUUUCUUCAUCACACCCACAACGCAGUUCGUUAAUAGCAUGCAAAAAAUGGCCUCGCCUUCUUCACUUUCAAAGGCUGUUUUGACUUUGGCUUGCGUUGUGCUCCUUAUUGGCGGCACGAGUGCUCAACUUUCGAUUUCCUAUUACGCAGAAAGUUGCCCCAAACUCUUCCCGACGGUGAAGUCGAUCGUGCAAGAAGCGAUUGCCGAAGAGGCCCGUAUGGGCGCCUCGCUCCUCCGCUUGUUCUUCCACGAUUGCUUCGUCAACGGUUGCGACGGAUCGAACCUCUUGGACGACACGCCUACUUUCACCGGAGAGAAGAACGCAAUCCCAAACAAAAAUUCCUUGCGAGGGUUCGAUGUGGUGGACAAGAUUAAGUCCGCCGUGGAGGAAGUGUGCCCCGGCAUCGUCUCGUGUGCUGAUCUGCUGGCGAUUAUCUCCAGAGACUCCGUUGAGAUACUGGGAGGGCCAGGGUGGGAUGUGAAGCUGGGAAGGAGAGAUGCGACAACUACGAGCCAGGCAGCAGCUAACAAUAACCUUGCUCCUCCAACUGAUAACCUCAACGCUCUCAUUUCCAACUUCCAGAAUCACGGCCUUUGUCUAAAGGAUCUCGUCGCUCUAUACGGAGCGCACACAGUUGGGCAAGCGAGAUGCAUUAACUUCCGGGCCAGGAUCUACAACGAGAGCAACAUCGACAGCUCAUUUGCCCAUGUGAUGCAGAGCAACUGCCCAAGCGUCACCGGCAACGGCGACAACAACACGGACGGGCUCGACUAUCAGAGCGCUACAUCGUUCGACAACACCUACUUCCUCAACCUCAUGAAGAAAAGAGGCCUCCUCCACUCCGACCAACAGCUCUUCAACGGCGCCGGGUACACCGACUCCCUCGUCAGGACUUACGCCAAAAGCCAAGACACCUUCUUCAAGGACUUUGCGGCCGCCAUGAUCAAUAUGGGCGACAUGAAGCCCCUCACCGGAUCCAACGGUCAGAUCAGGAAGAACUGUAGGAGGGUUAAUAAUUAUUGA